AGAAUGCUCUCGCUUGAGCGGGCACCUCCUGUCUCAUCUAUCGGACGAGGCCCGCCGUUUGUAUCUGUCUACACUCAAGCUAUCCAACGCAGUCCCACUUUCCUGUCUGCUUACCGCAGUCGGAUUCCUUCGGUGCCGGUGGAGAGUAGGCUCGUCAAAAGCAAUGGCCGGAGCUCCCUCAUCCUUGUAAGAGCCUACAGCAGAAGAUGCGUGCAACCUAUUGGUACCAAUUUUGAUCCUUUGGGUUUGAACUCCGAGACAUCUUCAAGUUUGGGUGAUGCAUGGGAUAAUUUCCUUCAAUUAUCUACGCAAACUUUCAAAAGUACUAAUACGAGGAAAGAGAUUACAUCAAAUAGAGGAGUGGCAGCUGCAAUUGAAGACAGUUCUAUUGAUCUUGGUGACUUUUUUAAAGGCCCCCUCCCUGGGAAGUUCCUGAAGCUCUUAGGAUACUUAGCUUUGUCUCGACUUGGAAUAUAUAUACCAAUAGGUGGAAUCAACCAAGAAGCCUUUGUUGGUAAUUUGGAUCAGAACAGUUUUUUGAGCACCUUAGAUUCACUUUCCGGUGGUGGCAUUGGUCGGUUGGGAAUCUGUUCGCUUGGCAUUGUUCCUUUUAUCAAUGCACAGAUUGUAUUUCAGCUUCUUACCCAGAUUUUCCCCAAGUUGCAAGAUCUUCAAAAGAGGGAGGGGGAAGCCGGCAGGAAGAAGGUCCUUCAAUACACACGCUAUGCAUCAGUUGGGUUUGCUGUGGUGCAGGCUAUUGGUCAAGUCCUUUACCUACGUUCCUAUGUCAACGAUUUCAGCACAGAGUGGGUGUUAUCGUCAGUAACCUUGCUGACACUUGGAUCAGUCUUGACUACAUAUAUUGGAGAAAAGAUAUCAGACCUAAAACUUGGAAAUGGAACAUCACUUUUGAUAUUUACAAGCAUUAUAUCGUACUUGCCUGCAUCAUUUGGAAGAACGGUCUCCCAGGCAUUUCAAGAUGGAAAUUACAUUGGAUUGACUACCAUUGUCAUCUCAUUCCUCAUAUUAGUUCUUGGUAUUGUGUAUGUGCAGGAAGCGGAGAGAAAAAUACCGCUUAAUUAUGCUUCAAGAUACAGCAGCCGGAGUGGGGGCCUUCAAAAAGCUGCAUACCUACCUUUUAAGGUGAAUAGUUCUGGUGUGAUGCCUAUCAUAUUUUCCACAUCUUCAUUAGCAUUGCCUGCUACUCUGGCACGCUUCACUGGUUUAGAUGCUCUUAAAAAGGCUGCACUUGCACUAAAUCCUGGAGGGGCUUUAUAUCUUCCAACAAAUAUAUUGUUGAUAGCUUUCUUCAACUAUUAUUAUACCUUUCUACAACUAGAUCCCGACGAUGUGAGUGAACAGUUAAAACGGCAAGGUGCUUCAAUCCCGCUUGUUCGACCAGGAAAAAGCACGGCUGCAUUCCUUAAAACUGUUCUAAGUCGUAUAUCCAUAUUGGGUUCUGCAUUCCUUGCCAUCCUUGCUUCCGGUCCUGCUGCAGUUGAACAAAUUACUCACCUGACUGCUUUUCGUGGAUUUGCUGGAACAUCUGUGCUUAUCCUUGUUGGCUGUGCAACUGAUACAGCAAGGAAAGUUCAAGCAGAAAUCAUAUCACAGAAAUAUAAGAACAUCGAAUUCUAUGACCUCGACAAGUAUGGUUCCUGAACAUUAUUUUUGUUAACCCCAUAUGGAUAGUUGCUCAGAUUAGCACUUCAUAAUUGUAUUAAUUUGGUAAAAUGUGUAUAUAUAGCAUUUUUAUGAAUAUUUAUCUGAAAGUGUUCUGCAGAUUGGUGCUUUUGUGCUAAAAAUAAUAAUUCUUGGUUUUAUGCUUUC